GGAAGCAAGGGGGAGGCAGGGAGAGGGGUAUGGGGCUUGCUGUACCCAAAGAGGGCAACGUCAUGACAAUGUUCAGUAGAUCAGAGGCCCCAACCACUCUACAUUUAAAAAAAAUUCUCUCUAAUGUUUUUGUUUUCAUUUUCACCAAUCGCCUUUGUAGUCUAAGCAUAGUCUAAGCAUGCAAGGACUGAACUGAUAGUUUGAAUUCUCCUGUGGUUUUAUUGUCUGGGCCUGCUCUGCAGGGAUGUAAUGUUUUUGCUGAUCAGAAUUCUGGACAGCAAAAGACAUGAUUCUACUUCAAAGGCACUAAAAAGGCCAUUACUGUUGUCUUUGAUGUUAUUGUUGGACAACAAUGCAAGGGUGAGGAUAUCAGAGCUAGACUUAUACUGAUGUUGCUUGUUUGUUGAAAUAUUGUACAAGUUAUUAAAAAAGAUUCUGAACAUGAUGUUUUUUACCCUCUGUCUAUGAUUGGCAAUGAAAAGAAACUCACCAUGCCAGGCCUGAUCAACAAGGGGAGUCAGAAUGCUCUGCCUCUCAGUGUCUGCGAGAUCACUUCCUGUGUCAGAGGUUACACCCUGGCCCUGACAGCAUCCAUGACCUACAAUAACUUUGAGGACAAUCCAAUUGAGGGAGUCUUCAUUUACCCGCUGGAAGAAUGCUCUACCGUGGUGGGAUUUGAAGCUAUGAUCUCCAACCAGAUAAUAACCGUGCAAAUCAAAGACAAGUCCAAGAUUGAUGAUUGUUACUUUGAUUGCUGCACUACAACGAAUGGUGCCCUUCAGAGUGGCAGUGGACAUAUUGUGCUGGAUGAGGACUUGGAGAGGACAGUGUUGGUGGUGAACCUGGGGGUCAUCCCCCCUCUGGAGACGGUCAACGUGUUGGUCAGCACCUCCUCUGAGCUGCCCACCCUUCCCAACGGGGGUAUCCGGGUCACCUCACCCACCGUGUGCACCCCCAGGGUCCAGAGAACCAUCAACGAGGAGCAGGGACUCUCCGCAAACUUCCACAACAGAGCGAGGGGCAGCAGGCAUAAUUGUGCCCUGGAUCCAAAUGAGCAGACUCCUAUCACCCCCCAGCUGUACAUGGCCCAGCUGCUGGAGGAAGAGGCCAUCAACUCCAUUGACUAUGAGUUUAGCUUCCAGCUGGAGAUCAGAGCCCCGUAUCUCCUUGCAGGUGUGGAAAGCCCCUCUCAUGCCAUCCGGGCAGACGCAGACCCCCUGGCCCGCUCAGCCACCAGCGUCGUCAUCACACUCGCUGACAAGUACACCUACGACUGCCCUGUGGAGAUCAUCAUCUACCCCAGUGAUCCUCAUCUGCCUCUUGUGCUGAUUGAGGAUGGAGACAUGACACUGGAGGAGUACGAUGAACACCUCACAGGGAAGAGUGACUACAUCAAGGCCAUCAAGAAGGACUCCAGUAAUGAAAAGAAAGUGGAUAUCAUUCGUAAGCGUCUCCACAAGGACAUCCUCCACAACCCUGCGGUUAUGCUCAACUUCUGCCCAGACCUCAAGUCCAUGACCUCUGACCUAAGGAAGGUGCAUGGAGAGUUCAUCUUCCUCAUCGACCGCAGUGGGAGCAUGAGCGGGGUCAACAUCAGCUGUGUCAAGGAUGCCAUGGUGGUGAUCCUGAAGAGCAUUGUGCCUGCCAGUCUCUUCAACAUCAUCGGCUUUGGCUCCACAUUCAAAACACUGUUUUCUACCAGUCAGAGCUAUGAUGAGGAAACAGUAACCAUGGCUUGUGAGUACAUCAGGAAGAUCCGAGCUGACAUGGGCGGCACCAACAUCCUGGCACCACUUAACUGGAUCCUGAGGCAACCCAUGCACAUGGGUCAUCCACGCAUGCUCUUCCUGAUCACAGAUGGGGCCGUCAGCAACACAGGGAAGGUCAUCGAGCUGGUCCGCAGCCAUGCCCGCUACACCAGGUGCUACACUUUCGGAAUCGGUCAGAGUGCUUGCAGGAGACUGGUGACUGGACUGGCUACUGUUUCCAAAGGAACGGCAGAGUUCUUGGCAGAAGGGGAGAGACUGCAGCCCAAGAUGAUCAAGUCUCUGAAGAAGACCAUGGCCCCAGUGCUGAGUGACAUUGCCAUCGACUGGUUGUUCCCUGAGACCAAGGAAGUGUUGCUCUCCCCUGUAGGCUCCACCUUCCUGUUCCCUGGGGACCGUCUGAUUGGCUACAGUGUUGUCUGUGACACCACACGCUACCAUCCCAACCCCAAGUCUGAUAAGAGGAAGCACUACAGUAUGAUGCGUUCCAAUGACUCAGCCAGCUCCGUGUUCUACCACUCCCAAGAGGAGGACCCAGGGAUGACUACAGGCUUCUCUGACUGUCAGGGAACCCACAGGGACAUACACUCCAGCCCUCUGUUUGACUCCUACCAAGACUCCAUGUCAGAGAGCAACCCUGGCCCCACAAAGCAUAACGACAUGGGAAUGGACAGUAAAACAUCACCUAGAAGACGUGGGUAUAGCACUAACCAGAUAGUGGACUACAACCCCAACAUGAAGAAGACCUACACUCCCAGUGACCCCAGCUCUGUAGAGGGGAAGCACCCGCUGAGGAGAGCUAAGGUCCAGGAGCUGAAUGGACAGACCAGCCCCGACUAUGGAGCACAGUGGAAGACUGAAUGCCAGCCACAGCUGGUGAGCUUGUGUGCCACAUCUGCCACGGCCAUCAGGGAGUGCCCUACCAAUGGGGCUUCUCACAGGUCCUCCCCCCAGCAGGAGGGGGCUCCCCAGGAGGCGACGCCAGAGCAGGCCCACUCCCCCGGCUCCAAGCUGCAGGCCAGAGCCACCAGGAGCUGGGCUUAUACAGAGCACGCCUUAGGAGGAGCCAGGAGCACCGUUGGGGAGGACGGCUCGUCCUCCACUGACCCCUCUGUCAGCAGCUUCGGAGACGCAGACUGCUACCCUAAUCAGCUGUGUGAGAUCGAAACCCCCCAGGAGCCUCCAGCCACCCCAGACCUGAUCUCAGCCCCUCAGGACAGGGACUUGGGGAAGGGGUUUUGUAAGGUUGUGGUGUCUGGCCUGCUCUGUGGGAAGCCAGUCAAGUGGGAGGUGACCUUUGACAUAGAGCCCUACCUGAAGGGCAGAGAGCGAGAAGAGAAGGUUCACGAAGAACUCUGGAAUGAAACGUUCCAUCACCUGGCUGGACGUUCCAUCAUUCAGGACUUUGAGCACAUGGUAGAUCAGGAGUGUGAGAUUGAGCAUGGUUCUGGCAGAAGAUACCGUUUAUAUGCCAUUCACACCAGCAAGGCCUGUAACAUUCUCAGCAAAUACACUGCCUUUGUGCCCGUUGAUCUGGACACUAAUGAAUAUCUACAGACCUAUAUCGACUAUGUCAACCCAGGUAAAGGUCGGAAAAAGGGCUCUCACUCUGGGAACAGGAAGAACCGGGGUUACUCCAUCGGACUGGGACGCUCCCAGUCUGGCUGCAUGUCAGAGGAGUCUGAGGUCGGACACCUGCCCACCAGUUUGGAAGAUGGGGCCUCUCCAUGUAGCACCCCCUCAUCCUCUACCUGGGAAAGAUGCAGCUUUACAGAUGCCUCUCAGAGGAGCCCGUCGGUGACCUCAGACCAGAAGUCGGUGGAGAGCCUCUUCUCAGCCAAGCUGACUCUCAACCGGACGAGACUCCUAACCCGGGCCGCCAGGGGCUUCAUGUUUCGCUCACACAGCAAAACCAGCGACUCUGUGGGGGAGAGUGAGAACGAGAACAAAGACUACAUUCCUCUGGUGUCCUUACAGUUGGCAUGUGGUGCGUUCUGCCUGGACAUCGCUCUGUGUGAGGCCAUCAACGUGUCCAUGGACAAGCUGAAGUGGACAUCUCCCUUCACCAGCCACCGGAUCAGUCUGGGUCACCACGUCUCCCACUCAGCCAGCCGCCGCUCAAACAGCAGCGCUGCAGACAACAGCCACAGGUCCACCUCUCCAUCUCCGUUUGAGAGCUCAGCUAAGGAGACAGAAACCAGCCUGGCAGGCCACCACCAGCACAAGCCUGGAGACCUGGUUGUCAGCAGCCACAGACAAGGGGGGCACAGCCCCUCUCACCUGGCCAGGAGUCCACGGACUGAGGGUUGGCCUGGGUCUUCUCCUUCCUUCCUAGGCGGCCCCUCCACCCCUACCUCCUCCACCUACGCCGAGCACCCUCUCUCCCCUCACUCCCAGACAGACAGCGGAAGGGACUCGGAGUCGGAGAGCGUGGAAACCCCCCCAGCAGCGCCUCCUGGUGGCCCGGGGUCCAGGAAGAGGCUGAAUACGGAGGGCAUGGUGUGGGCCACGGCUGUAGCCCUGGCCUGGCUGGAGCACAGCUCGGCCAGCUACUUCAUAGAGUGGGAGCUGAUAGCAGCUAAGGCUAGCAUGUGGCUCAGUGCCCAGACCAUCCCUGAAGGAAAGGACUUAGCCUCAGUCAAGUCUGCUGCCAACCAGCUCUUUAUCAUCCUCAGACACUGGGACGAGAACCUGCAGCUCAACAUGCUCUGCUACAACCCCAACAGUGUCUGAGGCUGAUUGCAUCGCAUGCACCGUCCUCCAUCCGGACAUAUCCAACCAUGCUAUGCUAACUGACUAACGCUUUAUUUACUAUUUAUUUUUUGCCAUUUUGAGUAUUGCGGAAUUUGUUAGUGCAGCUAUUGUGAGCAUUGUGUCGUAGAAUUGAUUCUGUUAUGAUAACUUCUAAACCUGUCAGAAGCUUCCCAGAGGCACAAACUUGCUUGUUGUCUCCCUUUGGGUGGAUACAUUCACCAGCUAUGGGUUUGAUUAAACAUGAUUCUAUUCACAUGGUGAAGGAAAUCAGAAGUGUAAGAGUAAACGUACAUAUUCAAAAAAAUUGAAGUUUAUGAAAAUAUAUGUAUUGUUUUAUUUAUGUUUAAUAUUUCCAUCAUAUUGAUGUCCAAUGAUGAGAGAAUAUGCCAAAACAAUUCCCAUGAGACUUUUACAAUUAUUUAUAUUGCAUCUAAUGUGUUUGAUCGUCACAAUCAUUUCAAAAUCAAUAUUGUGAUAUAUGAAAAUUUGCCUGGUCCCAGAUCUGUUUGUGUCUUGCCAACUAUGGCCAAUUCCUCUUGGAGGAAUCAGAAACCAUCCUUUUAUCGCUGAUUAUUUUGUAUUCAUCAGCCAUAAGUGCCUAACAAUGAUUAAACACAAACAAAGAUUGGUUAUCAGAAAUACGUAUUUAGAUGUUUCUCCGUUGUUAUUGUUUCCAUAUAAAAAAAUGCUCAGCGUGUUUUCUUUUGUAGGUAUUCUGAAUAAUGUGAUAGAAACUUUCAAGUUGGAUGAAAGAAAUGAGUUUUUCUGUCCUUUGUCCUUUCCUUUGUCCUUUCAUUUCCUUUGUCAUUUCCUUUCCUUUGUCCUUUCAUUUCCUUUGUCAUUUCCUUUCCUUUGCCCUUUUCUUUGUCCUUUCCUUUCCUUUGUCCUUUCCUUUCCUUUGUCAUUUCCUUUCCUUUGUCCUUUCAUUUCCUUUGUCAUUUCCUUUCCUUUGUCCUUUCUUUGUCCUUUCCUUUCCUUUGUCCUUUCCUUUGUCAUUUUCUUUCCUUUGUCCUUUCCUUUGUCCUUUCCUUUCCUUUGUCCUUUUCUUUCCUUUGUCCUUUCCUUUCCUUUGUCCUUUCCUUUCCUUUGUCAUUUCCUUUCCUUUGUCCUUUGUCCUUUUCUUUCCUUUGUCCUUUCCUUUCCUUUGUCCUUUUCUUUCCUUUGUCCUUUCCUUUCCUUUGACCUUUCCUUUUUCCUUUUACUUCCUUGGUCCUUUCCUUUCAUUUGUCUCUUUUAUAAGACAUUGUACUCUGCUCUCAUAUUUCCUCAAAAAUGUUGUUGAUUUUACUCAGGUAGUAUUAUUUUCCUAAGGCUUUGAAAUUUCAUCCAUCCUGCUGCAUGGAAAACCAAUGUGUGUGUUAUAAUAUGUAUCAACAGUGGGAGCAAAGCAAUUCCCCCACAGCCAACCUGUUCUGCUGCAUUUGGCCCAGGUCAGAAGUAGUGCACUAUAGAGAGUCAGGUGCCAUUUGGAACAUACCUUUAGAAAUAUUGUAAUUGUGAUCUGUGUAAACUUAUAGUGAUUGUGGCGGCUGGUUUUACUUGUGUACAACUCGAUUGUUGCUGUGUGUUUUGAAAAUAUGAUUGUUGACUGUUUUGAGGCUGUUAAAAGCUUCCAUAGUCUCAGUUUGCUAAAUGUCAGUGGCAUGACUAUGCAACUGCAUGUAAUAAAAUAUUUCCCCUCAUGAA